AUGCGGCCGUCGAACCCUGCCUCGCCAAAGACCGCAGCUUCGCCGGCCUUCCGGCUGCUCUGGCUGCGCUCAGCAGAUGGCCAGCAAGCAUUCCAGAUGGCACUGUACGAUGGAGUUGACUGCGCAUCCUUACAUCGUGCCGUGGCCGCUCGCGUGGGAGCAUCCGAGGAUGCCAUCUUUUGCACAUCGACGCCCGAGGCCACGGGCCCGGUGGUGCCGCUCUCGGCAGCGCUGCUCCACGCGGGGCUCCCCGAAGACUUCCUGCUGACGGUGCACGUCAACGAGAAGCCCGGCCAUUCCUUUCCAGUUAACUCGCUUCAGAGCGAUGAAGCUCCCAAGGCAGCUGCAGGCGCUCCGGAAGCGCAGCGCCUUGAGGCCGUCCAACGUGUCGGCUCAGCCGGCUCCAGCUACACCAGCCUGCUGCGCAUGUCGCGGGUGCGGUGGGAGAACUUCGCGCAGCAAACCGACGAAAUCGUCACUGCAAUGGAACGCUUCAAUCGGCUUUCCACUGACCUUGCCAAUGAGCGGACCCUCCUCGCAUGGAUCCGAACAGCCAUGGCAGGCAUUCGCACCAUCUUCGUCUUCUACGCCAUUGAAGGCGUCAGUCGAUUCUGGGAGGCCGGCGUGUCCAUGAGCGAAAUUCUCAUGGCCCUCUUAGUUUUGAUUCUGCUCUUCACGGGCCGUGCCCGGUACUAUGCCAUCAAGGAGCUCAUCCUGAAGAGGGAUCCUCCGGCUUCAUUUGGCCGCGUGUCGCUGCGGUACACGUAUCUGGUCCUAGGUAUGACCACCCUCAUCACCACGGCGGCAGUGUGCAUGCGGAGAUGGUCAAAAGAAUGA